UCUGCUAAGAAACAUGGCCGACCUGUUGCGCAUGCGCAGAGAAGAUUGUGCUUUGACACGCCGAACAUGUUAAUUUUACGUAUCAGGUACUCUUUCGUGCACACGCUUCACGAAUGUUUAUUAUUAUACUACGGACAUAAUUAUCCACAUAGUUUGCCCACCACUACUUCACUUUAUAGAAUACAACAUUCUAUAAAUCCCCGUUUUUGGUCAAAUUCGUCUCUGUGCACUUCCAAGCAUAUCGGCCUCGUUUAGCUUAGCCUAGCGUGCUACCAGAUACGAACGACUCGUUUGUGAGCUACACGUCGCUAAACUAAGAUCAAGUGUGAGCGUAAGGUGUUGUGAUCUUGUGAAAAUGCGCGCAAGAACGACAGCAGAGUACGAGGAGGAACUUUAUGAAUCAAAAAAGCACAACGAUCGACUAUGUCAUCAACAACUGGAUGGUGUUUUCAAGAAGCCUCAAGUCGGGUCACACACGGCAGAUGUCAAUGAAGAUGUCUAUCCAUCUUCGUCAGAUCUGCGAUCCGAGUUCCCACAGAUUAAAGAGGAAGUGAAGGAUAAAGAGCCGUCCCAAAUCAAAGAGGAGGGGGAAGAGUUCCUUUACAUUAAAGAGGAAGAGCAAGAAAACAUCAUCAAGGUUCUAUUGACUGAUGUCCCUUUGAUGGGUGAAGAUGACGAUGAAAGUCAUAGCGAGGAGAGCAGAGGGUCGGAGCCUUCAAUCAGCAGCAGCACCUUGAGUCAACACAUGACAACAGAAACUGAUGGAGACCACUGUGGAGGAUCACAAGCAGGUGAACUCAUAGCGCCACUAUCAGAUAGCGAUGAUGCAACGCCACACUCUCAUGAUGAUGAUGAGGAAGAUGGUGAUGACAAUACUAAUGAUUAUGAUGAUGAAGAAGUGUCUGAAGAUGAUACGAAAUGGCACAGUGACAAGAAACGCUGGAAGUGUUCUCAGUGUGGGAAAACAUUUGGUUUUAAGAGCCGUUUAAAAAGUCAUAUGAUUAGCCACACUGGCGUGAAACCUUUUCCCUGCUCAGUUUGUGGUCAGAGAUUCUCUGAUAAAGGAAACCUAAGGAGACACACGAGAACACACACUGGGGAAAAGCCUUUUGCCUGCUCAGUUUGUGGUCAGAGAUUCACUCAGAAGGGUGCCUUAGUAUAUCACACAAGAACUCACACUGGAGAGAAACCUUUUUCAUGCUCAUUAUGUGGCCAAAGAUUCUCACAUAAGGGAUACUUAAAAAGUCACAUGAGAACCCACACUGGAGAGAAACCUUUUGUCUGCUCCAUAUGUGGUCUAAGUUUCUCUGAAAAUGGUACUUUGACAAAACACACAAAAACACAUAGUGGAGAAAAACCAUUUGCAUGCUCAGUUUGCAGUCAAAGAUUCUCUCACAAGGGAAACCUGAUAAGUCACACCGCAACCCACACUGGAGAGAAACCUUUUGUCUGCUCAAUAUGUGGUCAAAGAUUCUCUCGUCGCGAUGCGUUGAGAACACACACAAGAACACACACCGGAGAGAAACCUUUUGCCUGUUCAGUUUGUGGUCAGAGAUUUUCCCGGAGACACGUUUUGACAUCACAUGUAAGAACACACACUGGGGAGAAACCUUUUGAUUGCUCAGUGUGCGGUCAGAAAUUCUCGAAAAAGGCAUCCUUAAGAAGUCACUCAAGAACACACACCGGUGAGAAGCCAUUUGCCUGCUCAGUUUGUGGCCUGCGAUUCUCUCAGAAGGGAACCUUAACAAGUCACACAAGGACGCACACUGGUGAAAAACCUUUUCCUUGCUCAGUUUGUGGGCAAAGGUUCUCUCAGAAGGGAACCUUAACAAGUCACACACGAAUCCACACGGGUGAGAAACCUUUUUCCUGCUUAGAUUGUGGUGAAAGAUUUUAUCAAAAGGGCAAAAUUAAGAGACACAAAUGUGUUGGCAACUGUAGAAGUGAUUGUUGAAACUAGUACAUCCCAACAAUAUAUCUUAGGUCUUUGAAUUGUUCGCCAUGAGAUUGUUCUGGUUGUCCUGCAAGACGCUACACAUUUGUAAAAUCCAUCUCCCUUCUUGCGUUUUGUAUAUCUUCUUGUAUUUUACAUACCUUCUCAAAAGUCUCCCGUGGACAAAUGUUUAGAUUUACGACUCAUGACAAAUCCCUUAGUAUUGAAUCCUUUUCCAGUGAUUUUGUGGUAAGCAUGUCAAAUAAGGAAAUGAGUGAUAGAAAUAGACUCUGAAUAAACUUUGACUUCUGAUUUUGAGAUGGAAGAGUGUAAAUAUGAUCCUGAAUAAAACACAACUCUUCAGAAAAAAUGAACUACUCAGUUUUUCAGGUUGGAUUCAUGAAUUAUGCUUCAAUCGAUUGCACACUGUUCAACAAUGUGAUAUAGUAAGAAAAAACACUUAGUUCAAGGUCAAGUUCAUUGUUGAUGCUGUUUAUUUUCAUUUUUUGCUUCUGAACUAAUUUUUUUAAAUUAAAAAGCAUUUGGUCUUACCAUUACAUUUAAUUUUGAAAGUCCCUAUUAUAAAAUUACCCACGUGUAUGGUCCUACCUGUAUGUCAGAUGUUUCCAACAAACCAAUGUGAAAAACUGCGUCAAGAAUUUGCAGUUAUGUAAUUUCACUUGCGGCCACAGGGUGAAAGCAGAGUAUCACGUAAAACUAAAUUUGAAACCUGAAUUCGAUAUAGAAAUGUCAGCCUCCUUUUUUUUGAGGAGAUUAUAAAUUAUUAUUUUAAAUCGUCAUUGAAUGUCUCAAGCAAUCACUACAAUUUUUAUGUAUGCAGAAAGCAACUGCUGUAUGUUCAUUUUAAAAAGCAAACUUUGGGCAGGCUGGCAUACAGGCAGGAAUGUUUGCGUUACUGGCGUGUGUCUGAAGUUCGUCGCGGCCGCCAUUAUUGAUCAUUGCGCAGCUGUUUCUGCUGCGUGUAGUGCGUUAGUGACAACCUGUAAAUAACUGAGUAAUAAGUGAAUGUGCAUUUUUUCCCUUUUCUGUAAAUAGUAAUAAUACGAUCACCCAUGUUGUGUAUUUUGAUUUGUUGUGCAUUUUGUCUUGCAACGGAUGAUGUUUUGUUAGGUCAGAGCUACAGGGAAGUUGCGGGUCAUACCAACGGCCGAAUGCAAAUUGACCAUGACUUCAGCCACACUGUGUGCAGAUUAAUAAAAGAAAGAAAAUUCCACAAUCCAACAA